CGGGCCUGAAACAAGCGCAGGACAUGUCUCGGACGAAGACAAGCUUAUUAUCAAAAUGAAAUAGACAGUGCGAAGGCGAAAUGAGAUUUUUAAAUUUCAAAAAAGGACUGAUGAUCGUCAGAAUCUCCAUUGUUCGAUGUUCGCACAUGGCCGGUGGCCAGAGAAUCGCCCUUGCACCAGACGGAUCAGGGACAGGUGUUUUACUUCCAUCACAGGCAGCUCUAACCCAACGCAUCGAUAUCCCCAACGCCCGUCAUGGCAACGCUGACCGUUUUACCCGUCAGGUGCAGGGAAACCGACUAUAACUUGACAUGGUGCAAGAGCGACGGUCUCCAGGCAUAGUCACGCGAAAUCAUCUCUCGCCAUCUAGGAGGCAACGUAAACAGGUUGGCCGAGAGGGCGCUUGACGUUGGUGGCAUAUUCUCCCUCAUAGUUUCCUGAAAAUCACGCCUUUGCAGACCGUGAAGGGCAGGGCCUCGGAGGCAUCAACGUUACCCAGGCUGUCGCAGGUGACGGUAGCGCAACCAACGUGGGUGGUGG